UGUGAAUGUAGUAUGACAGAAGAAUAUUAUUAAAGUGGCUCCGCUGAAGGACGUCGCGAACGCAACCGGGCAGCUGACGACAGUGGCGGAACUAUAGCUUCAAGUGAAAACCUAAUUCCGUGCUUCACACACAAGACACUGUUUUUCUGCCCUCUAUGGCUAGUGGUACCAUUCAGUGAAAGCCAACCUUCUAGGACACGGCCUUCUGGCCACUUCCGUCUCGAGAUGUGCGCUCAUAGAGAAACGCUGCUUUCGGCUUGAAAGAGGCAUUGCCGGCACCUCGUAUCCUACUAGUUUAACAGACGCUUUGAAAAACCCUGCCCACGUGUGUAAACAACCGGAGAAGCAGCAUGAAAGCCUUGCUCCAAAUGAAACAGAGGAGUUGGAACGUAAACGAACUGGUAGUAGUAAUAAAGCAGAUUACGAAAAAAGAAAGACGGAAAUGAAAAAAAAAUAGGAAAGGAAGGAAGAAAGAAGAAAGGGAGGAAAGAAAAAAAGAAGGAAGCUAACACCUGCAGGGGGAGAGAAAAAACAAACAAUAAACGCGCGAUACAGGGCAACCGCUUUGGACAACCAGCGAAAGUCGUGGAGGAGGGGACCUAAUGGAAGAGGCGAGGGCCCCAAGCGACCUCCUCACCCUCCUUGUUCCUCCGUUUACGGCGGCCGACGACGCUUGAAACGCUAUGCCGACCCUUCCGCGCGGCGUCAGCGGUGGUCGUUCGGUACGCACCGGCACGGCACAGGUGCAGCCCCCGUUCGAUUGAACAGCGCGCGUGCGGGCGGGCCCAGAGGACAAUGGCGGGUUGGUGGUGACGGCGUGUGAGGCUCUCUGCGGAGGAGUUUCUUCUCCGGGGCCACGCACGUGCACGGGGCAGAAGAGCCCCGGCUGCCGCUGUCCUUGCAAAAAAAAAAAAAAGGAAAAAAAAGGAAGGAAGAAGGAGAACCGACUCGAGGCGUUGUGACACACGAACACCCCUCCGCUUCUUUUUCUUUUUUUUCUAGAGGGGGCAAAAACCGAAGCGAACAAUGAUGCGUAGUACACGCACGGAACGUGCGUGUGUCUACGCGAGCGGUCUUGGCUGCAACAAAAGGGAGACGAAGCCGGAGGGAGGCGCAAUUUCUCGAGGCGGUCGUUCUUUACGCAGGUGUCGUUGCGCCCCUGUCUUUCAUAGCCGCGUACGUCUAUUCUCGGCGGAACACGCGGUUGUACCACCUUCCCAUGCUUUACUGACGGCGAGGGAAAAAGAAAGGCCAGCGGGUGUGACAGGAAAGGCGGCGACGACGCACCUCCCUAAUCCGCGGGAAAAACAGUUCCCGCCUCCUCCACCUCGGCCCCGUCUCUUUCCUCCUCUUUCGUUUAGGUGGCCUCGAUGCGGUGUUGAAGUCGCCAGAGAGGUCUGUGCGUGGUACCUUCGGACGUAGUUUCCCAUCUCGCGCACUCGGGAAGCGGUCGUCCUGGUUCGCUCGCGCGCAUUGGUCGCUCGUAGGUAUAGUAGUACAGGUGCAGGCAGAGGCGGUGAUAGGAAGCACGCGGACAAGCCGGAAGCUCAGCCGACGUCUAACAGUCGUCCCCGUUGCUUGCUUGGAACGGUUGGGACCCCCUUGCCGUCAAAGCAAACGGUGGCUGGACUGUGUCUAGAUAGGCCGCGCUCAAGUCUUGCCGCACCUGUCACGCCUUGGUUUCGCCGGAAGUAGAGCGCUAGGUCUAAGCGCCGAUCGUGCCCCGGAGCUAGGCCUAAACCCGUGAUCUACGACGGCGGUGGGACACGUGCUGCUGGAGAACAAGGGGCAUCGGCGACGGCAGAGGCUGCUCAUGGUGUCCUGCGGCGUGGCGGCGCUGGUGUGCGUCGCCACUGUGGCGGCGGCCGUGGCCGUUGUGGUCACGGCUACGACGCCGGCGGCUACGUCGACACCGGCGGUGAAUGUGACGGCAGCGCCGUCAAUCGCCGGGGAGGUUGACCGCAAGACGCGAGAGAUGCCUUCUAGGAGACGCGAGGGCCUCAGGGGUGCUGCAGGAUCGUCCUGGAGAAGACAGCCAGAAUGGCGGCUCGGCCGACAGACGACGCCCGGACGACAGACGACACUCGAUCCUCGGAUGACUUGGGAAUCGUUUCUGCGGCACUCUGAGAGGACGCAGACUGCAAGGCCCAAGAAGAAAGUCGACCGGUCUUUUCUCAGGAUGGAAGGACCGCAAGGCCCCCCUGGUCCCCGAGGUCCCAGAGGCCCAGCGGGUGCCAACAUUACACGAGAGGAGAUGUUCAGGGAAUUCAAGGGCCUCCUGAGAGAGGCCGCAGAAAGAAGAGCCCAAGUUAUGGUCGAAAUGCAGUGCAAGAACUCGACGAAUUGCUCCAUGCCCCUGUCCGGCGGUGCAAAUGCGACCGACUCUCUGCUGCCGUGGCUGCCUCCGCUGGUGGAGAUCGACCGUGCCAGCAUGCUGCCCCGAUCUCAGUCGGGCUUCUUCUGGGAGCUCUCGCAAGAGAUUCGGGCACGCAAGGGCAAGGAGCUGCGCCUGCAACCUUUCCACAGGCCAUUCGCGGAGGGCAGCUUCGAGCGGGGCUCGGGUCUGAACGCUACCCGGGGCAUGUUCCGGGCGCCCAUGAGUGGCCUCUACCUCUUCUUCGCUACGGCGUUCACGAGCCGGCCGGUGUCGGCAAGGGCUUUGCGCAAGCAACUCGAAACUUCCGCCAACGAUGCAUCGCUAAUCGUGUGCGUCAACGCGAGGUGCCAAAAGAACCUGUCCCUCCGCACGACAAGCGAGUUCGGUGAUGGCGAGUACACCAUGUCACUGUCGACCAGCGGGCCCCUGAUGCUUCGGGCUGGCCAAGUUGUUUCGCUGUGGUUCCACAACCGCACACCUUACCAGAUUACCAUCCACGAGGGAUCGCAGUUCAGCGGGUUACUGGUUGGCCUUUGAGUAUACACACUCGGAUGCGUGACAGCCUGGCCAAUAUUAUCAGCAUUGGUGCUCACGCCUUGUGGCUCGGCCCUUUGUUAUUGUUAGCUGAAAAUGUCCACGUUUGGUAUUCUUAGUCAUUUUCGGCAUCUUAUUUAGAGCACCCUGUAAUCAGCAAGUUAUACCAUCAUCCUUUGAAUUAACUCUGUGAGGCAAAUAGCUCGCGGAACAGUCCUUUUUUUAUUAUUCCUCCCGAUCCUCGACACGAUACUACUUAUGCUCGACACGUUUAGCCAAUGCUUCUGCCUAUACUAACCUGACUUCUCAUCUAAUAAAGACACGUGACACAAUCUGGCAAUGUUCUGGUGAACUCGGCUGAUUGGUUGCCUUGUUAGAGCAGUGGACCUCUUUCAACUCGAGAAAAUAUCCAGCAACCUUUUCUGCUACUGAAGUGCCUUCGAUAAAACAGAAGUGAUUUCUUUGCAGCAUUGUGCUCGGCGCUUUUUGCAUAUCGAUAGUUCCUCAUCACAUGAAAAGUGAAUUUAUUUUAAAUUUUGACGGUAUAUCUGGGCUUAACAUCUUCACUUUACGACAAAUUACACACUACUGCUAUAAUAAUGACUGAUCGAGAAGACGGUCUGAAACUCGAGCCUUCGUGUUUGCCUGAAGAGUGACGUUAAAGACAGCUCAUUCGUGUUCACGUGGCCUCUUGCGCGUCUGCACCUCGUUUUCGCUUCUAAUAGGCCAUAUCAUCAAAUAGUUAUGUAUGUUAAUAUAAGUAUCUGUAGGCGCGUUUUGUUUGUUUCUUUAUAUGUUCAAGUGUACGACCAGACGCACAGUAGUUAUUGUUGUCUUAAUAAGCAUUUGAUAUUGUCGCCUCAAUCUUUGAUGGCAGGAAACAUGGAAAAUAUGAGCUUCCAUCGAGGUUUAUAUACACCUUCAAUUAGUUAUCGGAAGAUCGAUAGUAAAAGCUUCCGACAUGUAAAUAGUGGUGCGCUCUUCGUAGUCUGAAAUCUAUUUUGUGCCAUAUUUUAUAGUUUUUUUCUGUUAUAAAUGCGUUGUGCGACGAUGGACUUAGCACGUGACCUUAAUUCACGUGUCUGUCUCUGCAAGUAGCCUUGUGUUUUAAUAAAUUUGUGAAUAAAUGUUUGCUUAGCGA